AUGUCUCGGCCUGGAAUUCCAGCUUGGAAGAGACUCGGACUGAAACUGAAAUAUGCACAUGAGGAUUCGGGUGCCCCGACUAGCCACGGUGUCGUUCCACCAGCUCACCAAGAUGGUCAGCGCUCAUUGAAGAGUGAUGAAAGGUCUUCAUCAGAACCUCCGAGGAAAAAGCAAAAGACUAUUUCAAAAUCUAAAGACGCCGUCGAGUCGACAGCCGACAAUUCGGAUCCACCACAGUCUGAGUCUGUCAAAGCCAGAGAGGAGCAACCAGAUAGGAAAGUAAAGAAAAGGGUAUCAUUUUCUGCCGACGCCAAUGCUUCUUCAUCGAUAAGAACCCAAUCACCUCUCCCGGAUGACUCCAAGGCACAAAAAACUUCAGUAAAGGCGAAGAAGUCGAAAAAAGCUUCAUCAAAAACUGUUCAGCCACUUGAACCUAAGUCCAAUACUGCGCUGGAAUACCUCAAUCAAUAUCACACGGCAAGAUCGAAAUGGAAGUUCAACAAGAACCGAGAGACGUGGAUACUGAAACACAUCUUCUCGGAAGAUGAUAUUCCCCGAGAAUACAAUCUUGCUCUCGCGAGAUAUAUCUAUGGAUUACAGGGUGCCGGAGCUCGCGACAGAUUGAAAGCACAGUGUAUGUCGUUAUUGGAGAAGGGGAAAGCUACUCGAAGGGGUAACGAUAAGAAAGGCGGCAUUGCAGAUGAAGAAGUGGAUGCAGGGUAUCUUCACCGGUUCAAGGACGAUUUGGCAAGCUCGGCGUCGUCGAUUGCUGCUGCUACCGGGGAUGUCGCCACAGAUCCGACAUACGAACCCUGGAUUCAGAACCAGCCACGUCCAAUGAUGUUGCUCUGGGCGCUCGGCCUUGACACUGACACCUUAGUCUUCACCAACAAGACUGAACAAAAGGUGAAGAAGAGGAAGAACAGGACCAUGGUUGUCGACUACGAUAGCUCUAGCUCCGACUCCGAAUCUGACUCGAGUUCUGGCUCGAGCUCUAGUGAUAGCGACAGCGACAGCGACAGCGAUAUUGUCAGUGAGGGAAAGAGGGAGAAGACGACCAGCAUGUUAAAUGGGGUUGAGCAUGAAGAUGAGACUUCCAGCAGUGGCAGCGAUGAAGAUGGCAGUAGCCAGAGCGACUCGAGCACCGAUGAUGAGAGUGAGGCCUGA